AUGUACGUCAGUAAAUGUUAUAAUAUCGACUUAGAAGCGCAUAUCUCUGUAAAUUGUACUUAAAACUAUGAUAUAGAAUUAAACAACAAUUUAAUUGAUAAAAUAGUAUCUAACAGUGGAAAGUUUAAGUUUAUUUAUAACUUUAUCUUGGUAUUUUUUUAACAAUGUUCUCUCAAUAUCUGAACAGUGGAGUAAGGAAUCAAUUGAAGGGGAAAAUACAACAAAUUUCCAAGCGGAAUUUUUCAGUUCGAGGAAUAAAUCUAGGCGGUUUGAAUGUCGACAAACGCAACUUAGCAAGCGCGGAACGCAAGCAGCGAACAUUCACAAAUAGAUCCCAGCUGAAGUAUGCUAGAAGAUUGGUGGUGAAACUCGGCAGUGCUGUCAUUACCAGGGAGGACGGAAAUGGACUCGCUUUGGGUAGACUGGCUUCCAUUGUGGAACAGGUGGCGGAGUGCCAUCACGAGGGUCGGGAGUGCAUCAUGGUGUCUAGUGGAGCGGUGGCCUUUGGCAGACAGAAACUGACACAGGAGUUGUUGAUGUCUCUCUCUAUGAGAGAGACUCUGUCUACACAUGACCACACGAGAGAAGAUGCUGGUAGUAUCUUGGAUCCUCGCGCUGCGGCCGCCGUGGGCCAGUCGGAGCUGAUGGCCAUGUAUGAUGCUAUGUUCUCACAGUACAACGUGAAGAUUGCUCAGGUCUUGGUAACUAAACCAGAUUUCUACAAUGAGGAGACCAGGAAAAACCUGUUUUGCACGUUGUCGGAGCUGAUAUCUCUGAAUAUAGUGCCCAUCGUCAAUACUAAUGACGCCGUCAGUCCACCAAUGUACAUCCAUGACGACACCAUGGUGCCUGGCACUGGGAAGAAGGGUAUCGGCCUGAAGGACAACGACAGUCUAUCAGCACUCUUAGCUGCGGAGAUCCACUCGGACCUCCUCAUCAUGAUGUCGGAUGUCGACGGCAUCUACAACAAGCCCCCGUGGGAAGACGGAGCUAGGAUGAUGCAUACAUAUACUUCGCAGGAACAGGUCCAGUUUGGUCAAAAGUCCAAGGUGGGUACUGGUGGCAUGGAUUCCAAGGUAAACGCCGCGACGUGGGCUAUGGCUCGCGGUGUCAGUGUGGUCAUCUGCAACGGUAUGCAAGACAAAGCUAUUAAGACCAUCAUCAGUGGCAGGAAAGUGGGUACUUUCUUUACUGAUUACGCUACCAAUGCUUCCACGUCCGUCGAUACUAUGGCUGAAAAUGCACGCACUGGAAGUAGAGUUUUGCAGAAACUGACGCCACAAGAACGAGCAUCAGCAAUCCAUUCACUUGCAGACCUGUUGGUGGAGAAAAAUGAUAAAAUCCUAGAAGCUAAUUCGAAGGACUUAGAAGAAGCAACUAAAGGAGGAUUAGCUAAACCCCUCUUAGACAGAUUAGCAUUGAGUCCAGGAAAACUAAAAACUUUAUCCGUAGGGUUGAAACAAAUAGCCGAUUCCAGUUAUAACAAUGUUGGAAGAGUAUUAAGAAAAACUAAAUUAGCUGAUAACCUAAUGCUGCAGCAAGUUACUGUCCCUAUUGGUGUUCUACUGGUCAUUUUUGAAUCUAGGCCUGAUUCAUUACCCCAAGUUGCCGCCUUAGCCAUGGCUUCAGCUAACGGCCUUCUGCUAAAGGGUGGUAAAGAAGCUGCUAACUCUAAUAAGGCUCUGAUGGAUUUAGUUAAAGAAUCACUAAGAACUGUUGGAGCAGAUGAAGCAAUUUCCCUCGUCUCUACUAGGGAGGAAAUCAGUGACUUACUAUCCAUGGAAAACCAUAUAGACUUGAUUAUUCCUCGUGGUUCAUCCGAUCUCGUAAGAAAUAUUCAGAAACAAUCCCAACACAUUCCCGUAUUGGGUCACGCUGAGGGUAUUUGCCACGUGUAUUUGGAUAAAGACGCUGAUCCUGAAAAAGCUUUAAAGAUUAUUCGCGAUGCUAAAUGUGAUUACCCAGCAGCAUGCAAUGCCAUGGAGACUCUUCUCAUACAUGAGGAUCACCUAUCUAGCCCACUGUUUACCGAAAUUUGCAAUAUGCUGAAGCAUGAAGGAGUGAAAAUUCACGCGGGAACAAAACUAUCUAAUCACCUCACUUUUGGUCCUCCACCAGCUAAGACCAUGAAACAUGAAUAUGGAUCUUUAGAAUGCGCUAUGGAAUUGGUAAAAGAUUUAGAUGCAGCUGUUGAUCACAUUCAUAAAUACGGAAGUUCACACACUGACGUCAUUAUCACGGAAAAUGGUGACACGGCCAAACGAUUCUUGAACUCCGUGGACAGCGCGUGUGUGUUCCACAACGUGUCUUCUCGCUUCGCUGAUGGCUUCCGUUUCGGACUGGGCGCUGAGGUCGGCAUCUCCACAGCGAGGAUCCAUGCCAGAGGUCCAGUGGGCGUAGAAGGACUACUGACUACAAAAUGGAUCCUAGAAGGCACUGACCACACCGCUGCGGAAUUCAACGAGGGCAAGAGGCAAUGGCUCCACGAAACUUUGCCCGUCAAUUGACUAUUACGAGUCCUCCAGAAAUAUUGGGGCAAAAUUAAGAGACUUUUCUAGAAAACCUUUAUCACAUUCUAGCUGGAUAUCGCAACUUUGUUCUUCGAUGUCACCCUGGAGAGAUGGUUCGAUUAGUUACUAAUUAAUCUUAUUUAUCUCUCAUUUGUCAUUUUUGUUAUAACCUUAUAUGUGCACCCACACACUAUGAGUGGGUGGCGCCGUCAACUUUGAUGUUAACUAAAAUGCAAAGUAUGCCGUUUUGACUAAACGUCAAAUUUUUGACUAAACGUCAAAUUUGAUGGCGGAACUCUCUCCCUUUUGAUAAUACAACCAAAUGUCCACCGAGUUAACUUAAUUUACUAAACCGAGCCAGCUUUUCACGCCUGUGCGGCCUACGACCAUUGCAAGAUAUUUUUAUGUGUCUCUCUUUCGAAUUUAUCGCGUAGCCUUCGCUCUAACGCCAGGAUCCUUUAUUAAAAUAAUUCUGAAGACCACUGUGACUUUAUGACCUUGAUGUCAAACCUCUUUAAUAUUGUUUACUAUUUACUGUCAAGGCUUAGCUGGAGAUCCACGAAGUGAUAGUAAGAUAAAGAAUAGGUAGAACCUUAUUGGGCGUAUACCACGCACCGCAAAAUAAUUUUAUCGAACUUGGACGCUAGGUUUGUUCAUUAACUACAUCAAACAAAAGUUUAAAACUUUAUCGCCUUUGUUAAAGUUUUCAAGCGGGACUACACAAUAUCAAAACAAAGUUGCGGUAUCGAGAUAGGUAUUAGGUAUGUUUUUAGUUGUUCAGUAUACUUAAAUGUAGUCGGUAACGUGCCAUGUUUUCCUCUAGAGAUUAUGGAGCUAUUUUAAGACAGAUCAAGUCAAAAUUUAGGCUAGGUAUAAUGAAAUUAUUAUUUGUAUAUGUCGAAUUAAAGGCCGGGUGAGAAAUUAAAUUCUGAGGGAUUUUUAUGAAAUAAUGUUUAUUGUGAAAAAAAAACACUAUUCAAUUAGUUAUAUCGAUAAAUUAUUGUAUUAUACUUAAGUUUAUAGAAAAUUGUCAUAAAUUAGCUCAAUGUAGCAAAUAGUAAAAGAAUUUAUUAAUAUGUUUUAAUAAUAAAUUUAAAAUGUAUAUAUACAUGAUAAUAAUAUUUAUAAAUAUU